AUGCAGAAGAGCCAAAGUGAGGGCAGCCUGGCCUUCUUGAACAACUCGAAGGUUGGCUCAGCCACGGGCUUCAUGUUGGUUUGCGGCGGCAUCAUGGCCCUCCCGCAUGGAAAGAAAUCCAGAGGGCUGGCAGAUUUUGCAACCCGCUUCACAGCAACUUCCGAGUACCAGGAAAAGUUCCGCGAAAUUCCGCACUGUUAUGCUUCCAUGGACAGGAAGCCUCUGAUGCCGUACAACCCGAACUCGACUCGUUCACGUCUUGCUCUGGAAGAUGCUCCAGUUCCGCUGAAGAAUGCAUCCACCAUUGAGUUCCGAGACAAGUUCUGUGUCCACAAGAGACGAUUCGUGACGACGCACAAGAACUACUAUACAGGAGAGAGGCCAGACAUGAGGGCCAAUCCAGGCAUGAUCGCAGACAGCACCCGCCUGAAGAAACGGCUGCAAGACAUGUGA